CGUAAUUGGUCACGUGGUCAACGACAUCAGAAAAUGGCGGACAUCGCAGAUCUUGCGUGCGAUUCGUAAAUAUAAUGCCGAAUUCGUGUUUCACCGCGAAGCUAGUGGAUCUCAAACCUAAGUUAGGUGUGCGUUAGGUUACCAGGCACCCGCUAGCAGCCGCUAAUUUGUAUUUUCAAGAUGAGAAGGGGACGUGGACGUCCGCCGAAAACGCUUGUUGAUUCACUGGACGAGACGCCGGUAAAUUCAAAGAAAUCUGGUGGAGGAGCUGGAGUUGGACGGGGCAAUGGAGGCCAGAGUAACGGCUCCAGUCCUGCAAGUUCUCGCUGCAGCACACCGGUAAGUCAAGCCAGCAGUACCGGUGCUGUUGGCCGAGGGAGAUCCCCGGGAUUACGUGAAGCUGCUAGGCGGAGUAAGCGACUAAUCCAUGAGGUCAUAGAGGCCCAACGAAAUCCUCCCAAGUCAAGUCCAUCCAGCACAACAAGUUCUGGAAAAGGGCCAGGAAAAGGCAGGGGAAGAGGUAAAACUGCUUCAGCACAAAAUAAACCAGGUGCAAAGUCCAAAGCAAAACCCAAACUUACAAAAGGAAAAGGGAAGGGGAAAAAGGCGAGACCGAAAUAUGAAAGUUCAGAUGAAGAGGGAGGGGAUUUCAAUGAGGAAUUGUUGCAAUCUUCUUCAUCAGAAGAUGAAUCUAGCUCAAACAGCUCACACGCUGAUUUACCAGAUGAAGAUGAUCUUGAACUCGAAGAAGACAGUGACAGUGAUGACAGCAGUAGCACUGCUGCGAAGAAGAGGUUAUUACUGUCACGGACGAAUCGAUCAUUAGCAUUGCCAUUCCUGGAGGAGGAAGAAAUUCCCCCUCUUGAACUCCCCAAAACUAGCUCAGAUCUCCUACUUGACAACCAGGAUAUGAUGCAAGCAUUAUCUGUGUAUGAAGUUCUCAGGCAUUUCAGUCAGCAGUUGAGACUCUCACCAUUCCGGUUUGAGGAUUUUUGUGCAGCUUUGUGCAGCGAGGAGCAAUGCUUGCUACUUGCGGAGACCCACAUUGCACUUCUUUACAAUCUUGUUAAGGAAGACGAAAGUAGCAGCACAACGUUUGGUCCUCAAGACCAGAGAGACAGUAUCAAUGUUCAGUUCUUGUUUCUGGAUAAUAUGACAUGGCCAGAGGUUGCAAGAGGAUAUAUUGAAAGCGACAAAGAAUACCAUAGCGCGCUGAAUGCACUAGAGGGAGAGAAUUACCCAUUUGCCCCUGUGAGUGACAAAUUAACAGUUUUGCAUCUCCUGUGUGACCAAUUCUUGGCAUCCAACCGAGUGCGUGAGGAGAUUCUGAGCGAAGGUGCAAUAACCUAUGAUGACCAUUGCAGGUCAUGUCAUAAACUGGGGGAUUUGAUAUGCUGUGAGACAUGUUCGGCUGUCUAUCACUUGGAAUGUGUGAAUUUGGUGGAAGUACCAGAAGAAGACUGGAUGUGCUCAGUGUGCCGGCAGCAUCGUGUUCUGGGGGUCUAUGACUGCAUCUCAGAGGUGGAGAAAAGUGGACUGCUUAUACGACAGGAACCGAUUGGUUAUGACAGGCAUGGCAGGAAAUACUGGCACUUUGCUAGGAGGAUUGUUGUUGAGGGUGACGAUGAAGUACGGUACUACUCCACCAAGCCUCAACUUGAAGAGCUCAUGCAUACUCUGGAUGCACAGAAGUGGGAGGAGGACCUGUGCCUAGCCCUGACGGACUGUAUGACCGAGAUCCUAGACCAGAUGCAGAGGACGGAGGAGCUGACUAACAGUGCCAGGGGUAACCAGAAAUCGGUGCUCCAGAAGUCAUCAGAGGAAUUGAAUGCUAUAAAGACUGCACGAGAUGAGGCCCUCUUGAAAGCUGAAGAGGAGAAGCGACAACUGGAGGAAGAAGCAGUCAUCGCUCAGGCACAGGAGGAAGCUGGAGUAAAGAUUGAGGCUGAACAGUCAGAAGAGAAGGAGGACGAAGAGAAAAUGGAAGUUGAUGUGGGCGGAGGUACAAGUAAGACUGCUCAGGAGGAAGGGGUUGGGGAUUUGGAAACCAAAGAAGAUGGGAAAACAGAAGGGGAGGGUCAAGAAAAGAUGGAGGUGGGAAGUGAGGAUCAGAAGGAGGAUGGAGACCAACCUGGUACCAGCCAAGAUGGUGGAAACCAAGAAUCAGAGAUCUCGGUGAAGAACGAGGAUGGAGAUGAUGAGAACAAAGGAAUAAAGACUGUUAUGACAAGGUCAAGAAAUCCUAACUACAAACCCCCGCCCCCUAAAGCCACUCCCUAUCUAACAUACACUACAAGCAUUCCAACUCAUACAAAAACUUCUCUUGUAUCAGGCAGGACCAAGACGGAAGAAACCCUUGUCAUUAAUUCCAAGGGGGAGAUUAAAUCGAUUGGAGGAGAUGACACCAGUAAGGGCAUUGUGACAAGGAAUUCCCUGCGGCCAGAAUCUCUCUUCAAACUUGGCAUGGAGGGGACAUACAAGUCUUACAAGAAUCAGUUCAAAACCAACAGGCUUGCCCUCAACAAGCCGCAGCAUGCAGAGGAGCGGGAUCGCAAACGCUAUCUGGUCAAUAAGUUCAGUCUGACUCCUGCAGCCGAGUUCAAGUGGCACGGCAGCACCAAUAGCAACCGCAUGCUCACCAUCUCGACCCUCCGCCUCACCACCACGCAGCUUGAGACCAACCUCCCCAGGGCCGUCAUGCACACCAACUGGACGGUCCACCGCAACAACUGGAUCAAAGCUGUCCACAUGUGCUCCAAGCCGCAUGCCUUUGCCCUGGCCCUCUCCGUCCUGGAGUGUGCCAUCAAGCCUGUGGUGUUCAACUCGUACUUCUCUGAUGGGCUGGGUCACGUCAGAAUGGUGAGGACUACGGCUUUGGAUAAGGAGGAGAGGAAGAAGAAUGACAAGAAGAGGAAGGAUGAUGAUAUUGAAGAGAUUCAAACCAACUGCAGUUGGGUCAAGUACUGCUUCCCCAUCAAGCAUCAGGUAUGGAAGUUGAAAGGUGAGGAGUAUCGCAUAUACGGAGGCAGUGGUUAUGGUUGGCAUAGCACCAUCAGGAAGAGACGGCCCUUACCCCCUCCUAGUCCGGCUAAGAUUGGUCUAGACAGGUGCAUCAGAGCUGCCAAGGCUGCUGGAAAAUGGGGCUACCCACCAGUUGAUGACUCCAAGAAUGAAGAGGAGAUGGACACCAGGGAGGACAAGCAGUCACCCAGAGAGACAGAAGAGGCAGACACUCAGAAAAGAGAGGAAGAACAAGAUAUCAAGGAGGAUAACAAAAAACCUGACUCGAUGGAGACUGAUAAUGUAGAAGAGGCUAAGAAAGAUGAGAAAGAAAGUGAGACACAGAUGGAAAUGAACGAAAAGAAAACUGAAACCAAGGCAGGUGAUGAAGAGGUGAAAAUGGAAGUUGACGGUCCUAAAGAUUCAGCAGGAGAGCAGAGUGAGAGGACGGGAGAAGGUGAAUCAAGGACAGAUGGAAAUGUUGAGACAGGUCCUCACCAGAAGGCAGCAGGGAACAUUCCUGCUGGUCCAAGUAGUCAGGUAGAAAGUGCUGGGCAAGGGUUGGAGAGUACAGGUCAAGAACUGCACCCAGCUGGUGAGAUCCAAAGAACUGAUGAAUCAGCUCCCAGUGAUAGCUUAGGGACUAGUGAGGUUGAUAAAGACAAGAAGGCAGCAGAAAGCAAUGUUGACAAGAAAGCAGCAGAAUCAAUGGAUGUUGGAGGGAAAGUUCUUGGAAUAGUUGCCAAGAAACCGUCCCUUGUCAUUGAUGAGCUAGACAUUUCCAAUGCCUUGAGGAAUCACACUGUCUACCGAAAGAUCCCUUACAAGUCCAGACUUGAAGGACUUUUAGAGAGUCGUUCUAAACAGCACAUUGAGGAGACACUCAAGUUCCAGUCAGAGAUUGGGAAGUAUGCCAAAGAACAAAAGAUGGUAGAGGAGAAGGAGAAGAUGCUGAAGGUCCUCAAGGCAAAGCUUUCCGCUGGUGGAGACAUCAAGGCUGUGCAGGGUGUAGUAGAAGGUAUGAAGCAACAGCUUGAGGUUAGGAGAGCAAGGAAACCUCAGGUGUAUCGUCCACCCUCUCAGUCCAAUAAAGCAGCUCGUGAUGCCAAAGUGAAAAGUGCAAAGGAACCUCUUCCUUCUCCAGCAGUUGCAUCAACAAGUGCAAUGGCAACCGUGAUGGCUCCAACAUCCACUCCUGUAGCUGUUCCAGCAUCUGUCAAAUCAGAAGUUCCUUCUUCUUCAUCAAUUGCUUCAGCACAAUCAGAAAUGUUGAAUGUUAAGAAAGGACUAGAACCACUUUCAGGUCAAUCAACACAUCAACCUGCAGUGAAAGUAGAAAUACCUAUGGCAGAGGCACAUCCUGCUACAUCAGCUGUUGCUCAGGCUGACAUUGCAAGACAAACUGUCAAAGAGGAUCGCACUGCAACAGACAAGACUGAUCAACCUGUUAAUAUAGAACCUGUAGUGCCUUCUGCUCGCAUUCCUCUAUUUAAACAAACAUUUGGAGCUAAGGACGAAAAACUCACCAACAGUAAACCUACUGAGCAAGCCGACUUGAAAACUGAAAGUAUAUCAGAUGUCCAGAAGCCAACUUCAACACAACUUGCCAAAGCUCCAUCUUCCUAUCAAGAUGCUUACAAGGAAAUGCUGGCCAAUACGGGUGUAAAAAUACGAUCAGAUCAGUUAUCGGCUGAACAACCUGGCAGUAAUCAAAUGCAGAAUGCACUUGAUGUUCAAACUGGGGAUCAAAGAGAAACAAAGACACUUGCACAAGCGGUGGAAGUCGAGAAUGCAGGGAAGAAUUUUGAGGAAGAAGAACAUAUGAUGGAGACCAGUGCCAAAUCUUUGGAAAUUACAACCGACGUACCUAUGAAAUCUGACAUGAUAACAGAGGAUACCUUGCAAGCUAAAUCUUCAGAGGCACUUCCGUUGCAGUCAGAACAUGACAUGAGUCAGAAAGAUAAAAGUGAAGUUGCUCUCACAGAACCGGAACCUAUGACAUCAAUCCUAUCCUCUGAUCAGCUUUCACAAGGUGAAACUGGAGAGGCACCUUCACUGCCUGUGGACAGUGACACGAGUCAAGAUCAGCAGAAUAAGAUUGAUGCUUCUUUGACAGACCCAGAGCCGAUGGAUCAGCAACCCUCUGAAACACCCUGUGCAGACAGGCAAGAAGAUAUACUCUCAGAUGCAUUAUGCCAGUCCGUAGCACCUACUAUGGAAACGGGUCAUUCCUCUCAAGAGAAAGAACCCACGAAGGAAAAUCUUUUGCAUCCUGAGAAGCAAAGCUUUGAGAACAUGCAGCACAAUCACUUGGAUGAUGCUUCAAUGUCUAAGGAAAGUGGAGAUAGUGUAUCCAUGGAUUCAGAACAUCAUGAAAGUGGGCUUUCACAAUCAGAAGCAGGGGAAACAAGUUGUGAUGGUGAAAGGACUAAGCAAUCUCUUCCAAACACUGAAGUGCUUGGAAGGUUGUCAUCAUCAUCCAGUGACGUUGGUGGCUCAGGAAGUGAAAGUGUUGAGGAAAAUGCAAAUUCUCUGGGAUCAAACUUGUCUACUUCAAACAAUAACAGCAACAUAGCUGCUUCUGGACUCGUCCAUUCCUCAGAACAUAAUGCAGUUCCACAAGAGCCAAAAUGUGAAGAACUUUCAUCGCAGGAAACCUCUAAUGUGCAAUGUGUUGAAAAUGCAGAUGUAAACACAAGUACUACAUACACUUCCGAGCAGAGUGAAAAGCCUGUAACACACGAGUUUGUGAAUUGUGUUGAUAGUUCUCUUUCUAAUGAGACCAAUGAGAAUACCAACGUAGCCAUUGCCCAUAACAAUUUUGAUGGAAUUGUGAAAGAUGUGAUGCCUGCAUUACAAGGAGAUAAGGUUAGACUUAGUGCAGACCAACAGGAAAUAAUAAACACAAAAGACAUUGAAGCAAAGGCCAUUGUGGACAGUGAAGAACAAAAAGGGGAUGAAAUGUACUUCCAUUCACAUGAUCCUUCUGAAAGAACUGUAAAGCAACAUGAUGUGGAUGUAAGGUUAACAAGCAGUUUACCUGAAGAGACGGAGCUAGCAACAAUACCAAAGCUUGAUCAUGUCAUGGAUACAGAUCUUGAUCCUAUCUUGCAUAGCACAGGAGAUGAAAAGCUGACUUGUGCUCUGAGUGACAAUGCAGUCGCUGACAAAUUGCCAGAUUCGGCUGACAACAAAAUGAUGAAGACAGAAAAUGCUGCUGUUGUGAGUGAUACAGAACAACAGAGUUUGAAACCAGUACAGGAAUAUAAUGUGUUGGAAUCAAAGCAAUCUGUUGAAGGUACAGAGACAGUUCCAGGUCCCCCAGCAGUGGCCAAGUUCAAGGAACAAGAGGACACAAUGAAGACAGAACCUGCAGCUGUUCCUUGUGACAUGAAACAACAGGACGAACCUCCUGUGAAGAAGCAUUCUGAUGUUACAUUGACAACAUCUGUUGAAGGUACAAACAUAGCUUCUGGUAAGCCGAUAAGUGAUGUCUCACCAACACAAAACAGGGGAUUAGAUGUGAAAGCUGAAGAUGUGAGUUCUCCUGCAAUAACAUCUGUUGAUGCUACAUCACCACAAGUGGCUUCCUCCAAAACAGAGAUUGAGACUACCAGUGAACCAAUGGAAGUUCAGGAUUCAAGUGUAACAAGGACUAAUGUAUCAAGUGAGAGAAACUCGGAGCUAAACGAUUCACAUGUGGAAAGCCCCAUGGAGACAGAUACCGUAUUGCCAAAUGACAACAUGUUGAGUAGUCUAAAAGUAACUGGAUUUGAAGAAAAGAAAGUCCAAAUGACUUCUGAAAUUAGACAGUCCAAAGAAAUCCAAGCUUCUGAAAGUAAGGUUAUCAAUGCAGCUGACAUGGACAAUGUGCAGGAUGUUCCUGCAACCACCAUCUCAGUUGUUGUGACAGAAAAAUCAGAGACCAUCAUGACAACUGUCACAAAAACCACUACUACAACAACGACAUCUACUAUGAUCAGCCGUGAAUUGAGAGAUCUUCUUGCCAGCAACACCGUCACAACAACCAAAACAACAAAGAGUCUUGUGAGUAAGAUUGACACCUCGGUCACCCAGACCAUGAUUCAGGCAGAGAUCAUCAAGCUACAGAGUGCUCUGAAAGAUGAGUUAGCUGCCAUUCCAAAGCAACGAAGAACCAAUGAUCCUGUGCGCCUUGAAAAAGGACCAAAGGGCAGGCGCUCCAUCAAGCGCCUAGCCAAACCCUUGCCCAUCUGCUAUAUGUUCUCCACUCGAAGCAGGAAGAGAAGCAUCUUGGUGUUGCCUCAGCACAAUCUUAGGCGCCUCAGCAGGCGUGGAGGUAACCUCGAAGUAGAGGGCUACAUCUCCAACACCAAGAAUGUGGGUGACUUCUGGCCUUACCCUUGCGCCCGUCCAUCCUUCAAGAUCUGCUGGAGGUAUCGUCUGCAGACUGUAAAAUCCCUAUCUGCUGUGAGUCUGCUGCUUCGUACCUUGUGGGCUUGUAUACGAUGGGACGACCUCAACAUCAAACCACCCAACAAUAAUGGUGUGACCAUCAUCAAUACAGAGAGGGAAAGGAUCACUUCAGAGAUUAUAGAUCGCCGUGACGUUACUCCAAGUGGUGUCAAAUCUCAGUACUUGGUGCGCAAGACGAUUGUACCCAAAGAGACUUCGAUCUCCACUCCAGAGAUUCACAAACCCCAGCGAUCCGGUCUAAGAUCCAGCGUCACACCAACACGUAGAGUAGUCCCGGAGAAGCCCAAAGGUCCACAGACCAUCGAGGUGUGGGUCCCCGAGGAAGGACUAGAACUAUGGGAAGUCCAGCAGUUCUGUGAAAGGCAACUGAAGCAACAAGCCAGAGAGAAAUACAAGGAGAAAGAAGCCAGGGAAAAGGAAGCCAGAGCGUUGGCUCUUAGGAGUACGCACAACAAGGAGAAUGAGACAGCUAUCAAGCUAGCUGUGACGACCAAGGGGGGUAGCAAGGUAGCCAUACCGACCCUCAAGGGCACCAAGUCCGUAGCCGAACAGGUUAAACAGGAGCUAGAGGAACAACUCAGACUCCAGAGGAUACAGAUGCAACAGAAGCGUCUUGGUGUAGCCAGCAGUGCCAAGGUGAUUGUAACGCUUGCCAAGCCAGGAGCAUCUAAGACAACCAUCUCUAUGAGUAAUCUGGCUUCAAUGGCAACCAAGAAUAAAGGUCUACCCCCUGGUACUACAAUACAGUACAUCUCAGGACCAGGUGGAACUCAGCAAGCACGCAUCGUCACAGCUAACAACCCCGCAACCCCAGGCCAGGCCCGCUAUGUCAUCACCAACUCCCCCGGUGCUGGAGGUGCUGGGACCCUGAAGGUCAUCAAGCAGAUGCCUUUACCCGGUGUCAGUAGCAGCAGCACCGGUGGGCAAGCCACCACCAUCAUAGGCCCCAGUACUCCAGGCAAGGUUACAACCAUCAUACCCGCCGGGAUGCAGCAGGGGACACCGGGAGGCAAUGUGCCUAUCGGUAUGAAGGUACAGACUCCUUCCACUACAGGGGGUGCUACUACCGUUGCUGCAAGCACUACUCCAGUGCAGGGUCAGCCCCAGUUGACCGGUCAAGCCCAGGUCUUUAGCAACCAAGCCCAGGUGCUACAGGUAGGUGGUCAGAAGUUUGUCAUCACACCGGCCCAGGUCCAGGUCCAAGGAACAGGCCAGAUGAUCCCAGCCCAACUCAUUCAGACUCAGACCAGUCAAGGAGCAGUCCUACAGAGACUGGUCUUGACACCCAAUGCUGCUCAAGGAUCUACUCCAGGAAGCAUACCCCAGGUAAAUCUCCAAGCUGCUGUUCAGGCAGUCCAGCAGACCCAGCAAAGCCAGAAGCAACAAGCAGCAGCAGCUGCUGCAGCUGUAACUACCAUCACUGCACCAGCUAACCUGGUGGUUCAGAAACCUGUCCAACAGCCCCAGAUCACAAAGAUUGCCAGUCUACCACAGCAGCCUCAGAUCACCAUCAAAUCCCAUACCCUAAACACCAGCCAACCCCAGGCUAAGCCCAUCCGCCUAGCCCAUACCCAGGGUGAUAACCUGCUCUUACAGAAGACUUCAUCUGGAGUGUCCCCGGUAAGACCAGGGGUGCAGGUAGCAGCAGCAGCGGUUGCAUCCACAAGUAGCGCCGGGGUGGUAGGAGGAGGAGGAGGAGGCCAGGUUCUAUCUGCUCUCACUCCUCAACAGCAGGUGAAUCUAAUCAAACAGCAGCUGGAGCUUCUCCAGAAAGCUAAACAAGGUCAAGGUCAAACACCGUUAGCAGCCAUUCAAGCUCAUAAACAGUUCACCCCUGAUCAUCUCAGGGUCGCGGUAAAGAGUAAAGAAGCUGCUUCCAGGCAAAAGAAGCGACAACAAAUGCAGGAGCAGUUUAACAAACAGUCAAAGGAGAAGGAAAUAAUGCAAAGAAAUGUAUCAUGUCAGAUGGUGAUGAAAUCGAUGUUGGAUCGCAUCGAGAAGGAGGAGAGACAGAGCCGGAAGAGGAAACACCAAGCCUUGAGGCAGGAGAGGGAGGAGAGUAGUAAGAAGAGAGCCAUCCUAGAGAACCAUAAAGCUAGGCUCAAAGAAGUCAUCCUUCUCAAACGGAACCAGCUGGAGAGGAGACUCAAAAUGGAUGUCUAUAAUGAGGUCCGAAGAGAGAGGUGGGCCGAGAAGAGGAGAGAGAAGGAAACCCAGGGUCUGAUUAAACCUAAGAAGGUCAAGAUAGACGAAGCGGCAAAGGCCGCCACCACCGCCACCGCCACCGCCACCACCACAUCCAAAUCAGUCAAUGCCAAGAAGACAUCAGCGGCAACAGCUGCUAGAAAGAAGAUUGCUAAGGCGAAGGCCAGGAAGAAGAUAAACGCAAGGAAAAAGUCCAGAGCAACCGCCACCGCCAAGAAGACGCAGCCUCCAGCAGCAGGGGCAGCAGGGGAGGCGAAACAGGAGGAGAAUGUAUCCAGCCUCAUCACAGAGACGAUGCAGGAGGGUGAUGUUGAGGCUGCUCCUGCAGCGACCCAACCAACUCCAGCUGCCCCUGCAGGAGAUGAUACGCGUCUCUACUGUAUAUGCAAGACUCCAUAUGAUGAAUCAAGGUUUUACAUCGGAUGUGAUGUGUGUCAGAACUGGUUCCAUGGGACCUGUGUCAAGGUCUCUGAGAAGACAGCAGCGGACCUCAAGGAAUAUGUGUGCGAUGAAUGUAAGACUAAGAAACAGGAAACAGAAGAGGAACUAUACUGCCUCUGCAAACGACCCUAUGAUGAAGCACAGUUCUACAUUGGUUGUGACCGAUGCAACGAUUGGUUCCAUGGGCACUGUGUGGGUAUCUCUCAGGACGAAGCAGAAAGCAUUGAGAACUACAUCUGUCCGGGCUGUAAGACUACCACCAUACAGAACCUGGCUAAACAGAAGACCUUGACGAGCAAGGACUAUGAUCAUCUCAAGAAGAUGCUCAGACAACUCCAGAGUCAUAAGAUGGCAUGGCCUUUCUUAGAACCAGUCAGUGAGUUGGAUGCAGCUGAUUACUAUGAUGUCAUCAAAGACCCAAUGGAUCUCUCGACGGUGGAUGACCGGCUGAAGAACAAGCACUACGUCAAACUGAGCGACUUUGCUGCCGACAUCGGGAAGGUCUUUGACAACUGUCGCUUCUACAACCCAACGGACACACCUUACUACCAGUGUGCUGACGUCCUGGAGAAGUUCUUCAUCCAGAAGAUGAAGGCUCUCAAGUGAGAUGAGCAUUUGUAAAUAGACCUUGAUUCCUUAAUUAUCUUUCAUAUUUAUGCCAAUUUUUUAUUUUUAUUUUUCCCUUCCAAGAAGGCUUUCCUAUGUAUGGCUGAUGUGUAGUAUGUAUAUUAGUUUGCCCCUCCCCCCAAUCCCCAUCCCUUUUUGUAUCCUUAUUUUUCAAUGCAACAUAUUCUCGUGUACAUUACUUUAGGUACAGUAUGAAUUGAGGUAUAUCAUAUGGGUAAUAUAGACAGUAUUUAUAUUGUGAUUUGCUGAUUUAAGUCAUACUUAAGUUGUUUUUUGUUGUUUCAGUUUUAGAUUGGUCUGUGCACAUAUUUUCCUUUUAAUGCUACAUGUACUUGGAUGUUGUACAUGCAAUGAAUAAACAAUUGAUGUCUGUCAUGAGGGCAAUCUUACAUCAUAUAAAAUCAUUGUAGAGUAGUACCUGAUAUGACGAUACUUGUAUGGGAUAUGCAUGAUGUAUUCAUAUUACGAGUCGACGCACCAAAGCUGAAGACAUCAAUUUUUAUAAAUCUAGCACUAUCAUGUGGAACAUUGUGCUACACUGAUGGACAAAGUUACAGGUAUGUACUAAGAAAAGGGAUAUAAAGGCUCUCAACCCAAUGACUCUUGAAUUCUCUAAAUCCCUUAGGCUAAAUGCAGGGACCAUCUGGUUCCCAUGUGGAUUGGGUUAAUAUAUUUCAAGGUUUAUGAUGACAGUUUUUUGCUGUGUCCUGCUUAUCAAGGGUCUGUUAAUAAUGAUCUGUGGCCAAAACAGUUAUUUCGGUGCUUAAAUUCUGAGAACAUUGCCAUUUGCUGUGAGAGUGAUUCUGGAGAUUAACCAAAUCCACCGCCUGUUUCUUUUUAUAUUAAA